GACUACUUAGAAACGUUACAUUGGAUUAAAACUUGAGAAGGCUUGGUAAACGCUCCGAUUUUGAUCUGUUCGCUAUUUGAAUAAUAGCUUGUAAUUUCCGUAAUUUUUUGAUAUAAAUUUAAUAGCUACUAUUCUGUAUAGCAUUAUUAAUAUUUCUGUGCUCUUUGAUUACUCUAGUAUUAUGCAUACCACUAUUAUUACUUUGUAUAUUGCUAUUAUUAUUAUUAUUAUUUCUGUGUUCUUUGAUUUGCCUCGUACCAACAUUACAUUACUUUAUACUUUUUGUUGUAACGAUAAUUCCUCGCGUCUAGGCUUAUCUCGUGUGCUACUAUCACUAUUCUGCAUGCCUUUAAUAUUGCUUCAGCGCUCUUUGAAUUGUGCUUUAUACUUGCUUGCUUUCUAUGUAGCUACUAUUUCGUACACCAUUACUAUUAUUAUUUUUGUGCUCUUUGUUUUGCGCUUUAUACUUUUAUAUUUCAUUACAUUCCUUUAAUUGCGUCUUGCACUUGUACAGUACUCUUAGUGUCUUGAAAGCUCAGGUUUUUAUACAGUAGUUUUGCUGAUACUUCGCUUUUUGAUGUGCCUGUAAUUUUUUUUUUCCAAAUUUGCCAUGCCUCUGCUAUUGUACUUACUUGUACUUCAAUAAAGAUAAUAAUAAUAAUAAUAUAAAUUCUUAUCAAAAUAUUUUGUACUUUCAUGAAAUGCAAAAAAAAACGAUUUUGAAAUGAUAAUAUUCUCUUCUUAAGGCCUGAUUCAUCAGCCGAGAACUCCGUGUUGACGGUAGCGACAUUCCGUCGUGGAUAAAGUUAGAACUAGUAGACGUGAAACGGAUUGAUGAUGAGAUGUUGUCGUGCAUGUCAUUUUGUUAUUAUGUUUUAUUGUGAAAAUAUGACUCGUCUCGUAUUUACCAAAUUCGUAAAAAUGGACCACGAGUAAAGUUUCUUUGAAUUUUAUACAUAAAAGUACAUAUUUUACUCUUUUUAAUAGCUAUCUGUGUUUUCCGGUCUGAAUAGGCCUCACUUUACGUGCUUUUUACAACAAUUUCCUGACUGCUAGGCGAAAAAGGGAUACUUGUGACCGAUAUUUAGAAGUUUAAAGCUAUCUGAUUAGUCUGUUUUAUCCAAAUUGACUUUAUUUAUAAAUGGCACGUUGGACAAAAUAAUGUAUCAUUUUACGCAAUUUCUCGCUUCUGACGUUACGACUUCAAUAUGGCCGUGGCGAAUACUCAGGAGUCUUAAUUGUAGUGGCGUGAUCAUAAUUGCAGCGGUGUAUGUACAAUGUCAGCGCAGUUAAGCAUGCAAGACAAGAAAGAUUUAGAGAAGUUCACCAAAUAUCUUGCACUGAGAGCUGCCCAAAUCAUAGUGCAAUCAAGAUCGGGUCAGAAAGUCAACACCACUUGCAAGCCAGAUUCUUCAGCUGGCGACUGGUUUAAUUUAGCAAUAAAGGAACUACCGGAGGUCUCAGCCGACGCUAAGAGAGCAUUAUGCGGAGAGAUAGUAAGUUCGGCUGUACCUCUGUGCAUAGAAAUUUCUCUGAAAACAGUAGAGGGUGACAAGAUGGUUUUGGAGACUUGGAGUCUCGGUGUUUUGCCAGAACAAAGCGAUCCAGCUGUACGAGUAACAUACACCGUGUAUAACAGAAUGGGGAUUUUAUUGAAAUCCUUGAUUUCUGUAUCAAGAGUUACGCCCGCUUACAAAUUGAGCAGACGACAAGGACCUGAUUCUUAUACCAUGUGCUAUCGAAUGUACAUGGGAGAGCCUCAACUACACAAUUUAGGUGAUAACUACAAACAUGUAAGAGUAGGCCAAUUGUGCACUCCAGUGGGCACUAUACUUCUGUCACUCUCUUACAGAACAAAAAUGACUAUAUCACCUACUCACAAGGGACGAGAUUCUAUUAUGCUUAAGAGUGAUCAUUUUCAUUCAGACUUGAGUCCACGUCAUGCGCGAUAUCAGCAAAGCGAGGAAACGUCAAAAUCACUAAGCGACACCAUUAAAGUUGGUGCAUUUGUAAUAAACAAGCCUGUCAUUGUCAAUGAAGAGGACCUUGUGAUACCUGAUGUGCCGUUUAGUUCGUUAUUAACACCCAAACAAAUAUCACCUCCUCCAAUAUCACUAAUGGAACCUAAUACAAAGACUGCAAUGGCAGCUGUCACUGCUACUGAUAGCAACAAUGGAAAUAAUGAAAGACUUAAUAAUGAUAAUACGACUUCAAAAUGUGCAUCUCAAAAUGGAUCUAGAAGAAGUAGUUGUUCAAUGACUAGUGCCAACGAUGAUUUUAUUAUGGUAGAUUUGAAAACUCCUUUCGCUGUUACGAAUACUAAUAGUGAUGUAGGAGCGUUUUAUCGAGAAUGUCAGAGUGCUCCGCAAUUGCAAGCUUUCACGGAGGAAAGGACGCUCGCGGAACAAUUGGGAGAUCUCACUAAACAAUUGGAAACAUUUGAGACAAAUAUGCAACACUACGAGGAUAUUCUGUCAUCUUUGUGUCAAACGGAAAACAAUAAUUAAAGCUGGAAUGUUGCUUACUAAUAACGAAUUUAAAUAGAGACACGAUUGUAUACAGCUUUUGUAUACGUAUAAGUCGUAUUGAAAUGGAUAUCAAGUGAACGAAUAACAAAUAUGAAUAUUUCAAAUUAUAUACUGGUUUCUUUUCACGUGUGCAAUGAAAAAUUAAUUUUAAAUAAAUUUGAUAUUUUUUUGUAGGUAACGCAAAUAAGACAAAAAUAUUUGACAAUUGCUAUAAAUUCAUGUUUUUUAAUUAUAAUCUUGCUAUUUUGUUUGAAAAAUAAAAAAAUAAUGGUGAAAAUUUUUGAUAACGGAAUAAUUGUUUUAAUGUUACUGUAUAUAAAUUUAAACAGUGAUACGUAGCGAAUACGUAUUUUCAUAUGUCCACGCGGUAAACUUUUUUUAAUACAUCACUUAAGAUUGAUCCAUACUAGAGUAAAUAAUUCGAAUUCUAAUCGAAUCACAGUUCGAUUCAAUUCGACUUCGAGUCUGAGAAUUUGAAUCAUCAAUGAUUCGAUUUGAAAUUACCGGCUAUUUUUAUUGUAUUAUUUAUAUCAAUUUUGUAUCGACAUAUCAAUUUUUGAGCAUGUUCGUUUAUCGAUCCUUUUUUAUUUCUAAAUCUUAUAAACUUCUCAAAAAUUUGUGUACGAUAAAUAAUCUUCUUUGUUAAUUUCAACAUUUUAUGUUUUUAUUAUAAUUUUAUAAAAUUUGAAAUAUAAAAUUUAAAAAAUUGCUUAUUACUUUUUGCUCAGAAUGUACAACAUACUACCACUUCAUUAGUAACAUUGUGAUUUGUACGAUAUUUAAUGCUCAUUUGCCAGUAUAAUAUUCCGUUUCACACAUUGAGUGUAUAUAUCGCAUUCAAUGUGCUGCGCGCAGAUACCGUUUCAUUUAGUUAAUGCGCGUAAUGCGCGCUUGGAAAUAAAAUGGCGUUCAAUGCGGUACAAAAAUGCCUACUAUGAAUGACGAGAAAAUAAUAGCUUUAUUAUUAUCAAUAAA